UAAACAAUUGGGGUAACAAUCAUGAUAUCCGAGAGAGAUUAUGCACCACUUAGUGCAGCUUGUGUGAGAUCUCUGAAUGAUAAGAUGUAUGAAAAAAGAAAACCAGCUGCUGUGGAGAUUGAAAAAAUGGUAAAAGAAUUUUCAGCCAGGAACAACAUCCCCCAGAUUAAAAGGCUCUUAAAGGUCUUGGGUCAGGACUUCGCAACAUCUCACAAUUCCCACACGAGAAAGGGUGGACUGAUAGGAUUGGCCGCGAUAGCCGUCGGCCUGGGAAAGGACACAGGACAAUACACAGAGGAAUUAAUCCAUCCUAUCCUGGCAUGCUUCUCCGAUCCCGAUGUCCAUGUCCGAUAUUACGCCUGCGAGAGCCUUUACAAUGUCGUUAAAAUAGCGAGAGGGGCUGUUCUGCCCCUAUUCACUGAUAUAUUCGGAGCCCUCAGUAAACUCGCCUGCGAUCCAGAGCAAAGCGUCAAAAAUGCCACCGAAUUGCUGGACAGAUUGAUGAAGGAUAUCGUGACGGAAAGCGGUAUGUUCGACCUAGUGGGUUUCAUGCCACUCCUGCGAGAGCAGAUCUACACAAAAAAUCCAUUCGGCCGCCAAUUCGUGAUAUCCUGGGUAUCAGUCCUGGACGCAGUUCCAGACAUGGAUUUCGUGGUGAUCCUCCCGGAGAUUCUAGACGGUCUAUACAAAAUCCUGGAGGAUCCAACACCCGAGAUAAAACGAAUAACCGAUACAGUCCUCGGUGAAUUCUUGCGCAGCAUAAAAGCGAAUCCAUCCCGAGUUGAUUUUCCAGGUAUGAUAAACAUUCUGAUAACUCACGCCCAGAGUACAGACGAUUUGCUCCAGCUGACGGCUAUUACGUGGAUAAAAGAGUUUGUUAAUCUCUCUGGACCUACGAUGCUGCCCUACACAUCUGGAAUUCUCACAGCAAUUCUUCCCUGUCUGGCGUACGAUGGUGACAACAGGAAGAACAUAAAAGACACGGCGACGCAGGUGAAUUCGUCACUGAUGAAACUCAUCACGAGUAAAGAGACAAUUCCAUUGAAAGCUAACAGUAUUCCUGAAGAGAAGGUGUCGAGAGUUAUCGGUAAGCUUGAACAAACUGAGAAAAAUCAGAAAGAUCAGAAAGAUCAGAUUGAUCAGGACCGAGUGAUUCUAGCAGAGACUCUGGAUCUCGUAUCAGUGGUUGAAGUUCUAACAAAACACUUGAUGCACACAUCCGUUCAGACUAAAGUCGCCGUUUUAAAAUGGAUUCACCUACUCUUUCUAAACAUUCCCCACAAAAUGUACAAUCACAUCGAGGAAUUGUUCACAGUAUUGAUGAGAAUUCUGGGUGAUACAUCGGAUGAUGUUGUCCAGCAGACGCUCGUUGUCCUCGCUGAGAUAAUCGGAUCAAAUUCAGAUUACACAGGGAGUGAUCACGAUAAAGAGUUCAAGAAGGAAUCCCCAUCUUCCAGUGUGGAUUAUAUAUCGGGUCCAGUGGGUAAUAAAUAUUUUACCAAAUUCAUUGUUAAUCUUUUGAGAUUAUUCUCGCAAAAUCGCCACUUGCUGGAGGAACGUGGAGCAUUUAUAAUCCGAGAACUAUGUGUUUUGUUGAGUGCUGAGAAGAUUUACAAGGCUUUAGCUGAGAUUUUAUUGGAGGAGCAGAAUUUACGGUUCGCUUGCAUCAUGAUUCAGUCGUUGAAUGUGAUAUUGCUGACGAGUUCAGAGUUAUUUGAUCUACGGAACAAGUUGAAGAACUUGAAAUCAGAGGACAGCAGAAAUUUAUUCGUCUGUCUGUACGAGUCGUGGUGUCACAAUCCAGUGGCAACUGUUGCACUCUGUUUACUCGGUCAGAAUUACUCACACGCCUGUGAUCUCGUACGUUCAUUCGCCAAUAUCGAAGUGACUGUUGAAUUUCUAACAGAAAUCGAUAAACUCGUGCAGCUCAUCGAGUCACCGAUCUUCACGUAUCUGAGAUUAGAAUUGCUGGAGAGGGAGAGGAAUGAGGAUCUUGUCCGCACACUUUACGGAUUACUCAUGAUUCUACCUCAGAGCGAUGCAUUUGGUACAUUGCAUAGGCGAUUGGCAGCCAUUCCACCGGCUAGCAUUAAUUCUGGUGUUAAUGAUGAUGAGAGACAGCGGAUUAUUGGGGGAGACAGUAAAAUAGACUUUGGACGGCUUCUUCGGCAUUUUGAAAGUGUCCAGGAGAAACACAAAGAGCAGAAGCAUCGACACAGGUUAAAUUUAUUAGUUGAGAGAGAUGUGUCUGAAGGAACGUGAGAUUUAAUUGGUGAAUUUGUGAUUUAACGAGUUAAGUGGACCCUGAGAUACUCAAGAUUUUGGAAAACUGAGAUGUGAUUGAUCAAGUGAUCUCGAGGAGAGAAUAAAGUAAUGCACACAAUUACCAAAAUAUCUUUAAUACAUUGAACCAAAUAAUCCAAUAAAUUCAUUUACAUGUUUUAA